UGUCCGGUGGUCAUGGCAACAGGCGAGCUUCGGCAACCAAUAGCAAGUCACUAUCCUCCUGAAACGCCGUAGCCGCUCCAUGGAGACGCGGGCCGCCAUCUUGAAUUGAACGGCAUCUCGGGCGUUUGCGCAGCCGCUGGGUCGAGGAAAAUGAGCGGACCCAGAGCGCGAUCGGAGCCGACGGCCGCUAAUAAUGACGAGGCCGCCGAUCUGGGUUCCCCGCCCACCCGAGAUCGCAAGUCUGGUGGCGGUGUACUGAAAAGGCUGAAGUCACGGAGGAUCCAGGCAGACAGCCGAAUCGUGACGGAAGAUGAGCUGAGGACGCUCGGGAGACCCAUCGCCCCGGAGGACGCGCUGGGGCUGCGGACCGUCACCAGCGAUUACCUGUGCAAGCCAGAGGCCAACAUCUUUAAUAUCGACUUCACGCGCUUCAAGAUCAGGGACCUGGAGACAGGAACCGUGCUGUUUGAGAUUGCCAAGCCCCCCAAUGCGGGUUUGGAGGAAGAGGAGGCGGAGGAGGACGAAGAGAAUGGGGACCUGGAUUCCAGUGCAGGCCGCUUUGUGCGCUACCAGUUCACCCCGGCUUUUUUGAGGCUACGCACAGUUGGAGCGACGGUGGAGUUCACAGUGGGCGACCGUCCGGUGCCUAGUUUCCGCAUGAUCGAGAGGCAUUUCUUCAAGGAUCAGCUACUCAAGAGCUUCGACUUCGACUUUGGCUUCUGCAUUCCCAACAGCCGCAACACAUGCGAGCACAUCUACGAGUUCCCGCAGCUUCCUGAGAGUCUGGUUUGCCAGAUGGUGGAGCACCCUUACGAGACCAGGUCUGACAGCUUCUACUUUGUGGACAACAAGCUCAUUAUGCACAACAAAGCGGACUACGCUUACAAUGGCGGUCAGUAGCACUGGCCCAACACCUGGGUUGGGGGGGGUGCUCUUCACUGUGGAUCCUCAAGUCAGCCAUAUUCUACAACCCCACCCCACCCCCCCACCAGAAUCCACAGGGAAUGGCCUACACUGCUUGUUAAUUUGCCAAGACUAAUUUAUUAUUAAUGAACCAUUUAAUAGCUGCCCCCCUCCAACCCUCACACCCAUACACACUCUCACACACACACAUGCCAACGUAAACUGUAUUUUAAUAGCUGUCAAUUGCUCUAUGCCCCAGGACAGGAGAAAUUAGGUUUUUUUUAAAAAAAAAAAAAAAAAGCAGUGUGCAGUUGCUAUGGAAACAACAUGGAAUCAUGGGAGUCUUGUUGCUUGCGGGCAUUUCUGAGCUGUAACUCUCAGCAGUUUAUUUCAGUCCAGCCCCCUCGUUGGGCUGAGGUGUGAGAGGUGUCGGACGGCUCACUGGUUUUGCUGGACGUCACCGGUUCUUCUCUACAUGUCACUGGUCAUAUUUAAUCAUUGUUUUCCCCCCGUAGUGUUUAGCCGUGAUGGGGCAUCUGGGACGGCCACUGCAAAAUCUGUUGGCUUGUGUCUCCUUUUCCAUGAAAAUAACCCUCUUUGGUUGCCACUGGGGGAAACAACGAACCUGUGGGGUCACGUGACGAGUUGAACUAGGUCAGGUGAUGUAGCAGCGAUCUGAGAUGCGCAAAAUAACUGGAAUCAGGCUGGGUCCCACAUCGUACUUCGAUUGAUCUGUUUUCCACUCCUUAACCUAAAUGGUGAAGUUUGGUGAUGAAUUAACCCCCCCCCCCACACACCACACACACACACCGUAUUCUCUGCACACAGUUUUGUUGACAGUAAAAUCAGUACUAGGUAACCGCUUAAGGUCCUCCUGUUGUAUAGGAACAUUUUCUGGGUCGUGUUGAGAUGUGCAGACACAUAGCGGAUCUGCUUAAAAUCAAGCUAAUUGCCUUCCUCUGUGGCCUGUGUUGCUGGUUUAAUGUUCAUCCCUUGUUUAUUUUGAUGUAAAUAUGUAAUUAAGCCCCACAGAGGAGCCUUUCUUACUGCUGCAUUUUGACCCCACUUCCCCGGCGCCUUGUUGUCGGUGGAGCACAGUGUCGUGGGCCGUGUUGUUCCUCCUUUUAGGUUGCCUGUCCUCGUCACGGCGACCCGCCAGUCACAGCUGUGGUCUAUUUGGCCGCGUCGGCCAUGAGGGUCCUCCAUGUCUCUGCCGGCUGCCCGUUGCCACGGCGUCGCUGGCCCUACUCCAGAAAUGCUGUCAAACACAUUCACUCACACACACACACACACCACACCAGCAAAAAGCAACCCUCCACUCCCCCCAAAGCUUCUUUUGGGCUAUAGUUUCAGGGCAACCCCAAAUGAACACUAAGGCAAUGUUUCUCUAACCAGUCCUCGUGUAGCCCCUACACGGUCCAUGGGGAGCAGAAAUGUGGACUGUCGGAUGGAGCAAAAAAGCGAGGACCAUGCGGGUCGCCGAGGGCUGGGUUGAGAAAUGCUGAAACAGGAAGUGAUGAAAUGGCAGAUCGUGUCUGCCAAUCAUGGCUCACUAACCCCAAAAGUCUGAGUGGGCGCAGUGAGAGAAAAAACACGUCAGCACAUUACGUAUAAGCAGAGAUUUUACGGUUAUAAGUAUUUAACCGUCCUUUUGCACCAAAAUACACAUGAUCUGAUGCACUGACCUGUGUAUUAAUAACUAUAACAGUUCUUAGUGCCACAGUUAGGUGUAAAGUUGCGUAUCUUGUCCAUGUUGGAACAGCUUAGGCCUUUGGAACAAUAAAAUUUCUGCGUGUUUGGUGAGGGAAUUUAGUAAUCAAGACUACUCUAAGUCUCUAAGCUGCUAAUUGUAUUUUUUUUUUUUGAGGUUAUUUUGUACUAAUCCAUUUUUGAAAUAUCCUUUGGGGAGUUGGUGGUAACCGGGGAUUUGAGAACAAGAAGGACGUUUUGCUUAAUGAAGGUUUUUACAAUUGAGGAGGACAUUUUGAGAUAUAAACUCUGUAUGAGUACAAAUAUGUUUUGUAGCAGCAUGUCUGGUGUAAAUUUGCCUUGUUUGUAAAAUAUAUAUAUAUCUAUUUUGCCAACAGCAAUAAUAAAUGUUAUUUUUUCCCCACA